UAAUUUGUUAAGACACACGUUGCAUGCUAACCUUCCUGGAGCCACAAAAACGUAAUUAAUUAAUAUUCAUGGACGAAGCUUUCGCCAUAGUAGGAUUCGUAAGUUUGCCUCCCCCAACAACAACACUGUCCUUUACCGCGAAAAGUGCGGUGCCUGUCCUAUUGAGGAAAGCCUGAGCUGGUUACAGCCAUUAUGGCUGCUGUUUAUUCUGCAAAUGAUAGUAGUUUGCAAUCAAAUAAUGAAAGUUUGUCCUUAGAAUAUGAGAAAGGUGCAGCCCAAGAGGUAAACGUCGAUCCAGUGAGCAAUAGCAAAGCCACUAAUGCUAAAAACACGGGCGGAGAAAUGGAAUUAAGUCCCAGUGGCCCUAUGUUGAAAACCCAGGACCACGCCGAAGUUGUUGCAGCCAAUGCUGCAGUUCCACCCUUGAAGAUAAAAGCAGAACAAGCGGAGGAAGAUGGAUGUGUAGUUAUACAUAUAGUUGACGAGGUCGAGGAAGGAAAUUUAUCUGAUAUGUCUACCAAUAAAGAAGACUUGCCUGAGAGAGAUAAAAGUAUCGAAGGGGAUUGGCCAUUUCGCUGUGAGGAUUGCAGUGAGGCCUUUGGGAACAAGGAGGAUUACCUAGAGCAUCGCAGCGAGCACAUCCACGAUGGGCCCAUAGUCUGCCUGGACACAGAUUCGCAGUGGGAUGACCUGCUCAUCUCGACUGACGGAGGCCGGAGAACGUUGUUCUGUGCUCUCUGCGGACAAAAGUUUUCAAGCUCGAAAGGCUUUUUCAGCCAUCAACUGAAGCACCGCAACCAAGUCAUUAAACGGGGCAUAGGUGAUGGCUUUGGUGAGGGUGCAGUGAGGCAGAAGCUUUUCGAAUGUAAAGACUGUGGUAAAGCUUAUUCCACUGUUGGUCAGUGUCUCAACCAUCAGCGUUCACAUAAACAGGCUUCAAAGUCUGUUUUUCACCAGCUUGCUCAUCUAAAGAAAAAGUCAUUUCAGUGCUCCACCUGUGGACGCUGCUACUCUCGAGCUUCGGCUCUUGACGCGCAUCGCCGUUGUCAUGAGGUGAAGCUAGUGAAAUCCAAAAGCUGUGAGACGGAGAAACCUUUGUCACCUACUGAAGCCCCAGGUCAAACUGAAGACAAUGGCACAAGCUCUGAACAGACUGAGGAGCAUGAGCAAAAAGUUUUUCAGUGCUUGUGUGGCAAAUCUUUUCGCACCAUGUGUGGCCUCGGCACACACCAGAGAUUCUCAACCAGCUGUUCAGAUGGGAAGGUGAAGGAGGAAAUUAAGCAUCCGUUUGUUUGCUCUGAAUGCAGCAAGACCUUCGUUAGCUCAGUGGCUCUGCUGUGCCAUCAGCGCUGGCAUAAAAGAAGAGCACAACUCGGUUGCAACGGCCAGCCGUAUAAAUGUACCGAGUGCGGCAAGGUCUUCACCUCACUUACGUUCUACAAUAAGCACCAGCGAUUGGCACACAGCAAAGAGCUGCCAGCAAAAUCAUUCCUUCAUCAAGUGAUUCAGCUCAAGAAGAAAGCUUUUGAGUGUGAGGAGUGUGGGCGCCGGUUUUCGAGAGCAUCCGCCUUGCAGUCGCAUCAGCUCUGUCAUACUGAUGUCUUCCGUGACAUCAUGGAGAAGAAGUCUGAGAUGAGCACUGCCACUCAGCCAGUAAAAAUAUAUCAGAAUGACAAUGCUGACAGUGUUGUUUUUCAUUCUCAGGAUGUAUCAUGUGCUCAAGUUCAAGAGAGAGAUUUUAACUGCACUAACACAGUAGAAGAGCACGAGGCCGUGGAUGUCGAUUAUGAAGUUGUUCGUAUCACGACUUUAGAUGAUUACGAGAACAACAGCGGCCUUUCUCAGGAUCAGAAUCCUGAUCUUGAGUUAGUGUGUGAAUCAGAUCACGAGGAAAAAGAUGACUUAGGCUUCAACUCGAGUCAACUGAAUGCACCUCCCCCCCUGCAGUUGAAUCCGGAAAUUGACGUCAAAAUUGUACAGAUUGAUUAUGAGCACUUAAAUGAUGAACCGUUAGUAAAUUCAGAACCGAUGAGCAAAAGAAGUCCUCAAGAGGCAAAGUACAGUUGUCCACAUUGUGAUCGAAGGUUUGCCAAGGCUUUGUCCUUGCGCUGUCACAUACUUUGGCACAAAGGGUGCAUGGGAAAAAAAUCAGAAAGGAGGCAGAAGUUUGACGUAUUGACGCCAACUAAGAGGACCCUUUUAACAUGCGAGGUUUGUGGCCAUGAAAGUGCCUCCAAGAGUGCUCUUUACUUUCACAUGGGCAAGCAUGAGGAUAAAGUAGCAUACAAGUCUAUUUCGUACCAACUUGAAAAUCUGCAGAAGAACAAUAUUAAAUGUGAAGAGUGCGGCAAGUCCUUUUCGCGACUGUCUGCAUUGCAUUCUCACCAACAGCAUCACAAGGAAGAAAAAAAGCCCUUUGCUUGCUUAGAGUGUGACAGGAGCUAUGCAACUGCAAGUGGUCUGUACAACCACCAGAAGAUUUGCUGUGGCAGUGCUAGAGACGAAAAGACAAAGGAAUUCAACCCAACCAAGUCACUUUUGGGCCCAAAGGUUCAUCACUGUAAAAAGUGCGGUAAAGGAUUUUGGUCAUUAGGAGCUUUCUGCCAUCACAAGCAAAACCACUUGGAGUGCGCAGACGUUGAGGCGAGGCCUGUGGGUACACCCAACUCUGAGAACGGCCACAUUCGACGUAGGAAAAAAGGUCGUAGGGGUGGUUACAGAAAAGUUCACCCUAUGAAUUCAAAAGAGGAGCAUAAAUGUGAAGUGUGUGGCAAAUCUUACCACAUGCUGGCUUGUUUUCUUAAACACAAGCUUGUCCAUGACACCCAAGGUGUCCAACUUGCCGUCAAAUCGUUUGACUAUCAAGUCCAGCAGUUGAAAAAGAACUCCUACCGGUGUCCCGACUGCGGAAAAGUGUUCUCCCGUGCAAUGGCCCUCCAGUUUCACAUGAAAAGUCAUGGCUUUGAGACUGGGCUACCACUGAUUGACUCCAACUCGCCUGAGCGAUCUCAGUGCCCGACUUGCUAUGCUUUCUUUGCAUCCGAGUCACUACUACAGAAUCAUCAAAAGCACUGUUUAAAGCCAGAGGACAGUGUGGAACUUCCACAAGAGUGUGAGAAAGUUGGGACAGAGGAGCAAGAUGCAUCCUCGCAAAAAGCUGAAGAUGUUGGUGGCGCUUCGCUUCCAGCUGAUUCUGAAAGAGAACAGAAAACAUCUUUAGCUUCGGAUUUGAAAUAUAAAUGUAAGGACUGUAGCAGAAGCUUUUCCGUAAUUGGUGCACUUAAUUUUCACAAGCGAGUUCAUCGCAAAGGUCACCAAUCUAAAAAGCUGAAAUCCCAUUCGGCAAAACAGUUAAAGCUUGGCAAAGUAAAGUCAGAGAAGUUUUUGGCAAAAUCAUCUUUUGCUUGUGCUGAAUGUGGAAGAUAUUUUAGCUCCAAUUCGGCUCUUGGCACACACAGGCGGUGGCACAAAGAUAAAAAGUUGGCUCGAUUCCUCUCAAAAACCAAUAAGAUACGCUCAAGGAAAAGUGUGGAUGGUGGACCUUAUUUAUGCAACAUAUGCGGGAAAGGAUUCUUUUAUCUUUGUGUUCUUCGCCGGCAUCAGCUACAUCACCCUCCCAUGGAGGCUCAACCCCAAAAAGAGCAUGAAGCCGCUGAAUCAAAUAGUGGUUUUACCUGUCCAGAUUGUCAGAUGUCCUUCUCAAGUGGGUCUCUUCUGACAACUCACUUUGCAGAACAUCACAGCAAGCCUACUGAGGCUGAGAAACUGCAAUCUGAAAGCCUCCUUACAGAAGAGUUGGGUCCACCCAUCAAACAACCUAAAACGGAUGUUGCCAAACGAGAGAAGACUAAGGUUCAACACUAUCAGUGCUCGUACUGCACUAAGAGCUUCUUGAACAUACGUGGCCUUCGUGCACACAAGUGGCAGAAACACCACAAGGUUAGCGAACAACCAACUGCGCCUGCAGAAAAGCGCUCGCCGUAUGAGAAACCCAUUGCCUCUGAAAGGGCUUUUGCUAAAACGUCAACCAAGAAAGAGCUGAAACCUUCUACGGAGGAAGAACCCGUACAGCGUAGUCGAAGCGUUGAACUCACUAAAUGUUUUUUUAAAUGUGAUAAAUGUGCUAAAGCGUUUCCCAGCGAGGAGCAGUUGAACGCUCACAAAGAGGUGGCGAAGACUCGUCCACACUGUUGCGCUCUUUGCUGCCGCGGUUACUGGACUGAAAACCAGCUUCAGCAGCAUCUCGCAUGGCACAACGAAGUACGCCGGCGUCUCCCAACCGAAUUGCGGUACAGACUGAGUGCUUCUAUGGCACCUGGGCCUUCGGACAACCAACACAAAUCCGAGACUAUAAUCAAGCUCCCCGUAGCCCUUGUAAGUCCACAACUGUGCAGCCAUAAAUGCCAGCACUGUGGAAAAACGUUCUUGUCGCCUCGUGCUUUGCAGCAGCACCAGACUCUUCACAAAAACGAGGAGCCGUACCAUUGCUCUUUAUGCUCGCAAACCUUUACUGAUAUCAGAAGUCUCAUUGACCACCAUCAGGAGUGCUUGGGUAAUAAAGAGUUAAAAGACAGAAGCUCUACUCCUGCAGUAAGAGGCGCUGUUAACCUAACUUGCACUGAGUGUGGGAUUUCCUUCAAACAGGAAGUAGAACUGCAUCAGCAUUAUAUCGAACAUGCACGUGGGUUCUAAAAUGCUUUGGUUUCUGGUACCUACUACACUGUUUAAAUUUAGUACUUGAUUCAAGUUUGUUACCUGCUGUGAGUGUUAGUAUACAGUAAAACUGUAUGUCUUAAAGAGGAAGGAAAAUGCCACAAUCAGCUUUUGAAAUUGUUGUGGAAAGAAAGAGUCUGCCAGAUUGAAAGCAUUAUCACGGAUGUCCUUUAAACCAAAUAGUGUGUUCUAAUUACUUACAUAAAAGUUGUACAUUUCCAUCACUCCCUUUAAAAUCUCUUUGCAAGGUGUUUCAGUGUAUUUAGGGGAUUUUAAAGAUUUAUUUUCUCUUUUUUUUUUGACUGCUCUGUUUUUGCUGCUUCCUGUCAUCUUGUACUUCAAAAGAACUCUUAAUUUAAAAAGUAGAUUUUUUUGAAAGCAUUACAGCUUAAAUCUUAUGUUUGGUCGCUGAUUUGUGAUUUGUACAGUAUCUGUUCAUGCCAUUGUCACUGUUCCUUUAUUGCUAUUGACGUCCCAAUUUUAGAGCAUAAGCAUUUCUGAAACAUUUAAGCUUUUGUUUUUCAUAUUUCGACUUGUUGAAAAACACUGGGGUUGAGGUUUAAUGUUUCAUUUGAAAAUGUUGUGACUGUACAGAAAAUUAUUUCCUUGAUAUAUUGCUACGUUCCUUGUAUAAAUUCCCUCGAGUCGUGUUAAUGACAUUAAGAAUGUAUGAAUAAGAUGCAAACUGGUCAGAAGAUCAUAAUGAGAAUAGCACAUCAUUUGAAGAACUGAAAAAACCCUUAAUGGCAAAUUGAGCAGUUAUGUUAACAUUCCAUUUUGUCAAGUAUUGGUUGGGUGGUGAUUAUGAAGGUUCAUGGUUGGUUUGUUAAUAAAAGACCAUCCUUUAAUUUAUUUAAGUUGAUUAAUUUUCUAAUUGUGAGAGAUUACCCAAGAAUUAAACAUUACGUGACUUGAAUAGGUACAAAAUAUGCAUGCAUCCAGGUGGAAGAGAAAUUCAAAUUAAAAAUAAUAAAAAUUGCGGACUGAAACUUGCAUUGAUGUAUCAUCAGACUUUGGACCUCAAGAUUUGCUUGCACUGAAACCUCAGUUUAACAUGGUAAUUUCAAACAAUCGCUCCCAAAAUACUGUAGGUGUUGUUUGCUGAUAGAUACAGUGUGUGUUGAAUGCCUUAAAGGCUUGAAGAGUUUUAAGACAAACAUUGUCUUACUAACUUGGAGUUGUUUCUAAAUGCUCUUGGUUCGAUUGAUUGUACUUUCCCAAACCUGCUUUUGUGUGAUUUUCUAAUAAUCACAGGUUUCCACUUUAAUAUUUACCAAUGUUUAAAAAAAACAGUGAAUGUUAUUUGAAAUAAGAAAUUAAAUGGUCAAUUAAAAAAAAAAAAAAUGUAUUUAAGUCUUUAUUAUUUUGCCUUGUAGAUAUGCCUUGUUCAUGUAUUGAUAGCCUGUUUAAUCUCCCACUCCCACUCCUUUGUUUAAAUAUAGUGGUGGUACAGAAAGCGUGAGAAUAAACCAGUUUGGUGAUACAGUAGCACUGAAUGGUAUGAAAUAUUUUUGCAUUUGUCAUGCUAUUUGUCCUUGAGGCAGCAUGUCCUUUUCCAGCCACUCAUGCAAUACUAUUUUUUUUUUUACUGAAGUACAUCGCUGGGAAAAAAUACUGACAAAUAGUAACAUUAAUCAUUUAUUUUACCAUUGAAAAAGAGCAGAUUCUAUGCAGUUUGUGAUUCUGAACAAAUUUUGGAGACAAUUGGAUGACCCAAUACAUAAAGUCAAACCAAAAAUUAUUCAGACACCAGAUGUAUUUUUUGAUAUUUUUUUACUAGUAGGUGCGGGACACUAUAGUUCAUUUAUGUAAGUGACGAUAGCAAAAUAAAGUAAACCAUGGCAUAUUAAACCCAAAAAUUUUUCAUACAGUGGACGACCAGUAAAAUUAUUAAGAAUUUGGGACCAAAAAUUAUUCAGACACUUUGACUUGAUCAUGUCUUGCUUAAAUGUUUUUUCUUAAAUUGUGAAUGUGACCUUUUUACACCACAGACUCAACAAAAUGAAGCAUCGCUUGGUAAUUAGUCAACAAAGUAUUGAUAGUUGUCAUACUAACAGUUGUCUGAAUUUUUGGUUGAUUGUAAUCCAUUACAUACCUUUUUAUCAAAGUUAUCUAAUCAUUCUCAAGAUUAAUUUGUUCUGACACAGUUAACUCUGAGAUCUUGUCAUAUUUUAUUACCAUUUUUUAACUAUAGUGAACUGUGAUAAUGUGAGACUUAUCAACGGUGUCUGAAUAAAUUUUAGUUUGACUGUACGCCAAAAUAUGUUGUUUACAACCAGAAUGUGCUGCAUGUCAUAGUAUAUUUGAGAAUGUAGGAUACUGACAUU